AUGGAGCUGGACUGCGGUGUGUGGCUGUCCCUGGGCGGCUUCCACGAGCGCGGCCGGGACUGGCCGACCACGCAGCGCAUCUACAACUGCCACGCGCUGCUGGACCCCGCAGGUCACCUCGUGGCCGCCUACAGGAAAACCCACCUGUGUGACGUGGAGCUGGAGGGACGCGUCACCAUGAAGGAGAGCAGCUUCACCAACCCCGGCACCGAGAUCGUGCCCCCGGUCAGCACGCCGGCAGGGAAGCUCGGCCUCUCCAUCUGCUACGACCUGCGCUUCCCCGAGAUCUCGCUGGCGCUGCGGCGUGCCGGCGCCGAGAUCCUCACCUACCCCUCGGCCUUCACUGUCCCCACAGGCUCGGCACACUGGGAGGUGCUGCUGCGGGCCCGGGCCAUCGAGAGCCAGUGCUACGUGGUGGCGGCCGCCCAGACCGGGAAGAACCACGAGCGCCGGACAUCCUACGGCCACGCGCUGGUGGUGGACCCCUGGGGCGCCGUGGUGGCCCAGUGCCGCGAGGGACCUGGGCUCUGCUACGCCGAGAUCGACCUCGACUACCUGCACCGCAUCCGCCAGGAGAUCCCGGUGCACGGCCACCGCCGGCCUGGCCUGACCUCUAUGGCAGGGUGGCGGCGGCUGCAGGGCUGGCAGCGGUGCCGUGAGCCCCUCGCUGGUACGGUAAAAUCCAGAGCAGGGCCACGUCCGCUCUGCUUCAGGCCGUUUCUCCCCAAAACGCAGCAGCAAGAUGCGCUCAGGGCUCCCCCGUCGCCCUGUGCUGCAGCCAGGAGGGUGUCCCCCCUCUUUUUUGGUGUCCCCCCCAAGCCCCUGCACUGCUGCGGGGGGGCAGGGGCGGAAGGAAGGAGCCAGGCACUGCAGUAGAUGUUUAUUUCAAGAAACCCGAAAGCUACAGAGGGAAUAUGACCAUUAUAUUGAAGUUUAAAAAAUACAGAAG